ACCGAUAAGGCACCGCGCGGGGUGGAUCACAGCGGCUUUUCUGCCUCGCUGUGGCGGGGAGGCCAGAGAUCCGAGUCCAUGCUCCGAGAUUCAGCGUUUUCCUCACUCCCUUCUCCCUGUUUCUUUUUGGGGGAGGGAUGGCCAUUGCACUGACAGAUAAUAGAAUGACUGUUAGGUGGACUGACCCGGAAAAGACGCAGCUGUUGGCUUUGCCGGCACCAGUUUUCUUCAGUCACCUUUGCUGAUUUCACCUUUUCUCCCUUCUUAGAGUGCCCCCAGGACUCAGUGGUUUGUUCUCUCACUGUUAGAAGAUAUGUCCAUGGGGCAAGGAUCUUUGUUUACUGUGCCUGACUCAUGAGGGGAAAAACACGGAACUACCUCUACCCAAUCUGGUCACCAUACGCCUAUUAUCUCUACUGUUACAAAUACCGGAUCACCCUCCGGGAGAAAAUGCUGCCUUGUUACAAAAGCAUCACUUAUAAGGAACGGGAGGACUUGACACUCCGGCCCCGUUCCUGUCUUCAGUGCUCCGAGUCCCUAGUAGGCCCCCAGAUGGGCAGAAGCACCGAGCAGGGUGACCACGACCAGCUUAAAGAAUUGUAUUCGGCUGGGAACUUGACGGUGCUGGCUACUGACCUCUUACCCCACCAGGACCCGGUGCAGUUGGACUUCCAUUUCCGCCUCACCCCCCAGACCUCUGCUCAUUGGCACGGCCUUCUCUGUGACCAUCGACUCUUCCUGGAUAUCCCAUAUCGGGCCUUGGAUCAAGGCAACCAGGAAAGUUUGACUGCCACACUGGAGUACGUUGAGGAAAAGACCAAUGUGGACUCCGUGUUUGUAAACUUCCAAAACAACCGGAAUGACAGAGGUGCCCUACUACGAGCCUUCAGCUACAUGGGCUUUGAGCUGGUCAGACCAGGUCACCCUGCCCUCCCUCCCUGGAACAAUGCCAUCUUUAUGGUGUAUCCCCUUGAAAGGGACUUGGACCACCUGCCCAGUGAACCUCCCUGAACAUGCUUAUUCCUACUCUGUGAGGGGCUGGGGGCCUUGAUAAAUGAGACCCAGGAUGUGAUUCGAGACACCUUCUUCUAUCCUAGGAAUAAAGGGUAGUG